ACAUUUUUGUGUGCGGCUAAAGUCAAAAAGAGAGUCCGAAAUUUACAGACACAAGACCAUAUGAUUUUGACACCCACUGCCUGCCUCAAUAUAAUAAUAAUAUAGCUACUCAAUCUUACAAAAUUAUUUCACAAGAAAGAAGAAUAUCAUCAGAAGAGAAAGAUGGGGAGUACGAUUGAUUCGCAGCAUGUGGAGGAUGAGGGCCACGUGGUUUUGUUCCCCUUCAUGUCCAAAGGCCACACCAUCCCACUCCUCCACCUCUCCCGCCUCUUCCUCUCUCGCCGCCUCCGCGUCACCAUCUUCACCACCCCCGCCAACCGCCCCUUCAUUAACCAAUCCCUCGCCGAUACCUCAGCCUCCGUGAUCUCCCUCCCUUUCCCUCAAAGCAUCUCCCCCGAAAUCCCCUCCGGCGUCGAGAGCACCGAUAAUCUCCCUUCCAUCAACCUCUUCUUCCCCUUCGCCCUCACCACUGGCCACAUGCAGCCCGACUUCGAGCGAGCCCUCCAGACGCUUCCACGUGUCAGCUUCAUGGUCUCCGACGCCUUCCUCUGGUGGACCCUCGACUCCGCCGACAAGCUCGGCUUCCCAAGGUUUGUUUUCUACGGCUUUGGCAACUACGCCAUGGAUGUGUCCAAAGUCGUUGCCGAGAACCGCCUGCUGCAUGGGCCCGAGUCGGACGACGAGUUAAUAACCGUGACUCGGUUUCCUUGGAUCAAAAUUACCAGAAAGGACUUCUUCCACGAAGCUUUUACAAAGGAUGAUCAUGACCAACCAAGUCAAGCCUCUGAGUUCCAUAUGAAGGCUGCGGUGGCAACAAAUCGUAGCUUCGGGAUGAUAGUCAACAGUUUCUAUGAGCUUGAGCCUGUGUUUACUGACUAUUGGAACAGUGAGUGUGAGCCCAAGGCCUGGUGCGUGGGGCCUCUGUGCCAGGUGGCACAAGAUGAGCCACACGAUGAUCAUCAAGAUAAGCCCAUCUGGAUUGAGUGGCUAGAUGAGAAGCUGGAGAAGGGGAGUUGGGUUUUGUAUGUUGCAUUUGGAACGCAAGCUGAGUUGUCAGCCGAGCAGCUUCAAGAAAUAUCGAAAGGGUUGGAAAACUCAAACAUCAAUUUCUUGUGGGUCAUACGAAGCAAAGGGUCAGAAGAAACAGCGGCUUGGGAUAUAAAUGGGUUCGAAGAGAGAGUGAAGGGGAGGGGAAUGGUGGUCAAAGAGUGGGUUGACCAGAGGCGGAUUCUGAUGCAUGAGAGCGUGAAGGGUUUUGUAAGCCACUGUGGAUGGAACUCAGUGCUGGAGGGCAUAUGCGCAGGAGUGCCGAUUCUGGCUUGGCCCAUGAUGGCGGAGCAGCCGCUGAAUGCGAGAAUGGUGGUGGAGGAGAUCAAGGUCGGGCUGAGGGUGGAGACUUGUGAUGGUUCAGUCAAAGGGUUUGUGAAGUCGGAGGGGUUGGAGAAGAUGGUCAAAGAGUUGAUGGAAGGAGAGAAGGGCGAGGAGGUGAGGAAGAAGGUGAAGGAGUUUGCUGACCUGGCAAGCAAGGCUGUGAAGGAGGGUGGCUCGUCGUGGCUAACGUUGCAAUCACUUACAGAUGAGAUGAGACAACAUUAAGUAGCAAGAAACUAGAUGAUGAAUGGGGACCUCGUAAUGAGUAGUUGAUAAGCUGCAUGCAUUUAUUUUCUUCUCUUUCUCUCUUUUUUUUUUUUCCUAUUUAAAAUAAAUCUAGAAGUGGCAAGGCAACGAUUGUACUUUAAUUUUUCUCUGCUUGUUUGGAAGAAAUAAUGUUGCUCAAUGAGUCUCUAUUGUAUAUUUCACUUAUACGGUGAGAACUUGUUAAGCUUAUAUCCUAAA